AUGUACACCAAGAUCGCUGCUUUGGCUGGCGCCCUGGCCAUCGUCGACCAGGCUGCCGCCUUCAAUGUCCACCGCGGUCACAGACACCAGAAAAAGGACGGUGUAGUCGUUUGGGAAACUCUUGUCAAGACCGUCUACGUUACCGAUUCCCCCGCUGCACAACCCUCUAAACCCCCCAGCAAUAUUGACGUAGCGUUGGAUGUUGUCGCUAUCCCUACCCUGCCCGCCGUGGUCGACGCUCCCGUUCAGAAAGCCCCUAGCAGUCCCGCCGCUGCCUCGCCUGCCAAGGGUGGAAGCAGCAGUGGAGGCUCGUCUCAGGGCUCGUCCAAGGAUUCGUCCAAAGGUUCUUCCGCAGGGUCCUCCGCAAGCUCCGGCGGUCCUGGCUUCUCUGGCAAGCGUGGUCUGGCUUACAACGACCCUCUCCUGGCCAACCUCUUCGGAGCCGCUUGCAAGAAUUGUGGCUGGGCCUACAGCUGGGGCAAAUACCCUGGCUCCCUAGACUCCAAGUACAGCUUCGUCCCCAUGCUCUGGGGUCUCAAGGAAGUGUCCAACUGGGACUCGGCGGCCACGUCGGCCAUCGCCAAUGGAGCCAAGGCUCUCUUUUCAUUCAACGAGCCGGACAACCGCGGCCAGGCUGACAUGACUCCCAGCGUUGCCGCGGACGCCCAUGUGCAGUAUAUGAACAAGUACGCCGACAAGGCCCUCAUCGGCGCCCCUGCCGUCAGCAACAGCAACCUUGCGGGCGAGGGUCUGGACUGGCUCAAGAACUGGGUCAAGCAAUGCGAGGCCAAGGGCUGCAAGUAUCACUUUUGCAACGUUCACUGGUACUCCCCCGCCUCUGCUAUUGACAGCCUUUUCGACCACAUCAAGCAGGCGCACCAGAUUUGUGGCGGAAAGCCCGUCUGGCUGACCGAGUUUGCUCCCAUCGACGCAAGUCCUAGCCAGAUCGCCAGCUUCCUGGAGCAGGCCAUCCCCAAGCUCGAGUCUAUCGACUACCUGCAUGCCUACUCUUACUUUAUGGUCUCUACCGAUGCCGACAGGCUGCUUUCCUCCUCAUCUUCCCUCAGCACCAUUGGUCAGACGUAUGCCAGCCUAUAA